CGUCUGCCUAAUUUUAUUACGGGGCGAUCCUGCAGCCUCGUUUUGCAGGGAAACCAGUAAGCUCCAUAUGCCUCAGCUCAACAGAGAUGUUUAAAUAAGAGCGAUAAAUUCACCUGCGACAGUAACAAGGGGAUGGAUUGUAUACAGGCACCUUAAAAACUGUCUACUCUGAUCCUGUCCGGCGAUUUUCCAUCAAGCAAAAGUCUGUGCUGCUCAGACCCACCCCCUGGCAUGCUUGUGCUGGUGAAAUGACUUGACUCUUGAAUGCAGAUAACAGGAAGGCACAGCAGAAAUUACAUGACGACAAAGGGGAAUGAAGACUCAAUGGGAUGUGAGUGACCCAGUGCACAGAACAAACAUUCACUGUUCCGGAGUCGUUGCCAGUGUGUCCAGACUGACCUCACUGCUCGCAGGCAUAUAGCUGAAACUCAGGCUAUCCAGAUUUCCAGCAUGAUUGCCGACCAUCUGCCAGCUGCUCUCAUGCUCCUGCUCCUCUUCGAUGACCUGAGCGCUGACAUGGGGACGACUCCCAACCUCAAGCAGAUCGUCCUGGGACGGUGCUUCAGCUAUGUGACACUCAUUAGUCCUGGUUCUAGGUAUAACUGUGAGGAGAUCUGGAGGGAGUUCCGGAAUGCGGUGAUCCAGAGAGCGCCUUGCAACGUCAGAGUGAAGGACUACAGCCGCAUGUUCCACGCAUCUCCCCAAGCCCUCCCCUGUGACACACUCCUCUUCUGGAGUAAGACCCGGGAGUUUGUACACAGCUACUCAGCCAUCACACGCCGUUUCUGCACCCUGGAAGACACUCUGGUUGGAUAUAUGUUCAACGACCUGAUCUGGUGUGGACAGAAAGAGAAACACAGAGGGUUCGACUUCAUCUCCUGUCCAGAGUGGUCAACCUGCGCAAACCACCCAGUGUACUCCCUGUGGAAGCAAGCAUCACAGAAUUUUGCAGCUUCUGCGUGUGGAAACAUCACUGUCAUACUGAAUGGCUCCAUGGAGAAUGCCUUCAACAGGACAAGCAUGUUUGGGAGUGUGGAGUUGGACGGCCUGAACCCCAGGAUGGUGAACCAUGUCAACAUCAAGGUGGUAGCCAACCUGGAGGGCCCAAUCAUCCUCUGUCUCUGCCUCUGUGGGCUUCUGUGUGUCUCCAUCGCUAGAGACUCCUGCACAAAAGGAUCCAUUCUGAACCUCAUCCAGAUCCUGAAGACCAGAGGGUUUCGGUGGACCUGCACUGAUACAGAUAUGACACUGCUGAUUCUUCAGUGCAUUCAGAACCCAAGACAGCUGUCAUGCCAGAUAUUCCACAACAACAUGCUAUAGAAUGCUGGGCGCCCUCUGCUGGAACAAAGGACACAGUCAUUAAAACGCUGUAUUAUCAGUUAUAUCACUGGAAGCUUGUGGAAAGGAAGUAACAGCUUCUACUAACAUCUCAUCUAGAUAUCUACCUGUUCUAGGCUGCAUAGGGCUCGGAGUGGGGAUAGAUCCCAUUUGAGCUGUUCCUAUAGCAGCAUGUGGCUCAGUGGACUAAGCCUCUGUUGCCUGUCAUCUGAAGGUUGCCGGUUCAAACCUGGAUUUGGUAUGUGUGUGGGCCCUUCAGCAAAGCCCUUAACCCCCAGUGUGCUGGGUGCUGCAGUGGGAGGCUGCCCUUUAUGGCCAGCAAGAUGGAGGAGGUGAAAAGAGAAUUUUCCCAUCGGGAUCAAUAAAAGUAUCAUUGUUUUUUUUUAUUAUGAAUGGUUUUUAAUUAUCUGUGUCAUAGAAGACUCAUUCUGACAGGCUGUUUAGCAAACUCCUGAAGUACUAUGUCAGAGGGCAUUGAUUAGAUUAGAGAGUUGGAAGCCGUACAGCUUUUACCAAGGCAAUGUCCAUGUGUGUGAUUGUGAUUUCAAAACGCCUUGGUGUGACCUUUAAAUAUGUAAAUAUUAAGUCUGAAGUUGUUAAGUUUUGACUUUGGGAGUUCAUUUGACGCAGUAAAAACACAGCUCCAAUAAUCUCCAGGGUGCAAAGUUCAUUACACAGUUUUUAUAAACAAACUGCGUGUUUAUAAUGCCUUUAAUUUCUUUUGGUCGCCUGUUUCACGAUCUACCAAAUGACUUCAUCACAGGUGUGUUUGUACAUUGAUACAUUGUGUGUUUGUACAUUGAAUCCCCUGAAAUGCAUUUUAUAAGGAAGUUUCAGGUUAUCCCUGAUGUUUAACACAUGCUAUUAACUACUGCAUACAUAUGAUUUAUGAUAUGCCAUGCUGGACAGUUGUCUGCUGUAUAAUCUUUAUUAAUAAAAGUUCCAUAUAUCAAAAUU